GUCCAUUGGAGCACAUCUGAGGAGAUCCUGGGGGGAGCUGUAGAGCCUCUGGGGGCUCUGACACUGGGGCAGGUGCCCUGGGAUAACCCUGGGUGCUGUGGCGCCCACCUGGCAAGUGCAAAGUGGGCCGCGAAGCCCCACCCGGUGCCCCUUUCCUCCGAGGCACUUAGGUGCUGCCCACCUUGUCCCCAGCAUCUGUGGUGGCUGCAUCACACCCCCCAUCAUAUGCUGUAAUGUUGGAGCCCCCAGAAUAGGACUGUAUUUGGAGACUGGGCCGUUUAAAGAGGUAGUUAAGGUAGCUGAGGCCCUGAGGGUGGCCCUAAUGCAGCUCUGACUGCAGUCCUUAGAAACAGAGGAGCUGAGGACACUGAAGGGGGACCGCUGAGGACACAGGGGAGGAUGGCCAUCUGUGAGCCAAGGAGAGGGGCCUCAGCAGAGACACCCCCUCCCCUGCCAACACCUUGAUCCUGGGCGUCCAGGCUCCAGGGCUGGGAGCAGGUGCAUUUCUGUGGUGAAGCCGGUCUGUGGUACUUUAUCGUGGCUGCCACAGCAAACCCGAACCCCAUGUCUAGGAAAACCCUGGUAAGCGAGCAAAGGGGCCACGCCCCUGUGGGGCCACCGGGUAGGUGGUGCGGCCAAGGAGGGCCACUGCUUUGAGGUCUCCGUGGGAGGAGACGAGCUGUCCCCAGGCUUCCUGAUCGCUGCUGAGUGCCCUUCUGAAGCCCGACUCCUGGAACGUGCCAGAAGGUGACGUGGGAAAGAUGAGACUCUGUCCCAGCCGCGUCCCGUCCAGGUCCGCGAGAUGGGAAGGAGGAAGGGCUGCCCUUUCGCUGAAGUCUUUACAUCCGGGGCCCUUUGCAAAUUGAAAACAAAACACUGAGCCUGUCAAGCGGCGCAAACCAACAUCGGCUUUUGACUGCAGAGUGCAGGAAACUCCAGUCCUUUCCAGACCGACCUGGUGGCCUUUGGGGGAUGAGUGACUCACAGAAGAAUGGAAGUUUCAGGGCUGGGCUGGAGGAGGGGCUUGAGCCUGUGGGGGGGCCCCCUGGGCUGCCUGGAGCCAGAGGAGUCAGAGUCGACAGCCCUGUCAUCAGCACAGCUCAUUGUCUGAGCCUGAGCUGAGUAGUGACCGGCUGAGCCUCCUCUGGGCAGGAAACAGUUAAGUCCUGCAGCAGCUGCAGUCAGCUGGGCGCUGAGGGCUGGGCAGGCGUGGUUCUCCUGUCUGGCUGGGCUGUGGGAUCCUGGGCCACAGGGCAGAGGAAGCCCAGCUUGGUGGCAGAACUUCUACAUGGCUGAAUUGGAGCUGAUGGCCCCAGGGCCGCUGCCCGGGGUCCCCACUCACCCUCCAGCCACUCUCAGCCCAGACUUGGCUUCAGCCAGCCUGGCAGAGGAGGACUCAGCCUCCCUGGAGAGUCCCCCAGGGGAGCCUGGGGGACAGGGCAGCCUGGCAGAGGAGGACUCAGCCUCCCUGGAGAGUCCCCCAGGGGAGUCUGGGGGACAGGGCAGCGGUUCUGCCGACUCUGCCGGGCAGGAGGGCCCCAAGGCCGAGGGGGAGGAGGAGGAGGUCCUGUGUGACUUCUGCCUCGGGGCCAGCAGGGUGAGGGCCGUGAAGUCCUGCCUGACCUGCAUGGUGAACUACUGCCCUGAGCACCUGCGGCCGCACCAGGAGAACAGCAAGCUGCAUGGCCACCAGCUGACCGAGCCCACCAAGGACCGGGACCUGCGCGUGUGCCCUGCCCACCGCAGCCCGCUGGUCGCCUUCUGCUGCUCAGAUGGGCAGUGCAUCUGCCGGGAGUGCGGCCAGGGCGAGCACAGGGGCCACACCUUGGUCUCCCUGGACACCGCCCGCAGGGACAAGGAGACUGAGCUUCAGAACACCCAGUUAGACCUGGAGCAGAAACUCAAGUUGAAUGAAAAUGCCAUCGCCAGGCUCCAAGACAACCACAAGUCUGUUUUGGUCUCCGUGUCGGAGGUGAAGGCAGUGGCCGAGGAGCAAUUCGGGGAGCUCCUUGCUGCCGUGAGGAAGGCCCAGGCCGACGCGAUGCUCUUCCUGGAGGAGAAGGAGCAGGCCGCCCUGGGCCAGGCCAGCGGCAUCAAGACCCACCUGGAGUGCAGGAGCGCGGAGAUGGAGAGGACCAGGCAGGAGCUGGACAGGAUCGCUGCCAUCAGCAACCCCGUGCUGUUCCUGGAGGAGUACUGCCAGUUCAAGCACACAGAGGACGGCGCCUUCCCCAGCGUCUACAUCGGACUCAAGGACAGGCUCUCAGGCAUCCGCAAGGUCAUCACGGACUCCACGGCGCACUUGAUCCAGUUGCUGCAGGAUUACAAGGCGCGGCUCCAGGAGUUCUCCAAGGAGGGGGAGUUUGACAUCAGGACUCAAGUGUCUGCCAUCAUCGAGCACAAGCAUCGCGCCUCCAGGCCCGAGCCCAGCACCAGGCCGCAGUUCCUGCAGUACGCCUGUGACAUUGCCUUCGACCCGGACACGGCACACAGGUACCUCCGGCUGCAGGAGGACAACCGCAAGGUCACCAACACCGCGCCCUGGGAGCACCCCUACCCCGACCUCCCCAGCAGGUUCACGCACUGGCGGCAGGUGCUGGCCCAGCAGAGCCUGUACCUGCACAGGUACUACUUCGAGCUGGAGCUCUCCGGGGCCGGCGUCUACGUAGGCCUGACGUGCAAAGGCAUCGACCGGAAGGGCGAGGAACGCAACAGCUGCAUUUCUGGAAACAGCUUCUCCUGGAGCCUCCACUGGGACGGGAAGGCGUUCAGGGCCUGGCACAGCGACACGGAGACCCCGCUCAAGGCCAGCCCUUGCCGGAGGCUGGGGGUCUACGUGGACUCUCCGGGCGGGGUCCUCUCCUUCUACGGCGUGGAGCCCGAUGCCAUGACUCUGGUGCACAGGUUUGACUGCAGGUUCUCGGAGCCCGUCUACCCCGCCUUCUGGCUUUCCAAGAAGGAGGACGCCAUCCGGAUUGUGGAUCUGGGAGAGGAACUGGGAAAGCCGGCGCCCACCUCAGUGGAGGCUGCUCCCUAGAGGCCGGAAUCCGCUUCCCGCAGAUGGGACGGCAGCCUGGUCCAAGGGGGGUCCCUGCCAGUGGGAGCUGCCUUAGAAGUCGCGCGGGAAGGGUCUCUGGCUGCCACACGGCGCUCUUCUCCACGGUCGCAGCCUCCGCAGGCCCUCCGCCCCCUCCUCGUCUUCUAGCGACACUCUCCAGUCUGCUCAGGUGGACGCGCGCUGAGCCCGGAGUUGGUCACCAGGAAUCCUCAGAGCGAUCAAAAAGCCUGCGGAGGACUCACCAACUUUAUCGCGUCCUCCCCGUGUCCCAGACACUGUCCUGAGGGCUUUCUGGGCAUCACCCCUCCCUCCUGUGACCCCAACAGCAGCCCCGUUUAGCAGCUGGGGAAGCUGGGGUCCUCGGGGUUUAGGGAGCUUGCUCGAGGUCACAGUGGUCACAUGGGGAGGGGCCGAGCUGGGAUUCAAACCUGGGAGGGCUGACCUUGAACUUCUCUGCUGCCUUCCCCCUUAGAUCAGGGGUGUCGUGUGGAGAAUAAACCGCUUCAUGAAUGGAG